AUGGCUGCUGCUGCUGCUGAUGAGGCUGACGAUAGUUGGAUGAUAGCUCAAGAAUGGAUGGUGUGGUGGGACCGUCCGAGUUGGUAUGUCACUAUUGUCAACACAAGGAUAGAUUCCAUACACAGGAGGAAGAGGGAAGAGAAUGAAGAGAAUGAAAGAGUCGAAGGGGAACGGAGAGAGAAGAAGAGAGCGGGAACGAGAGGCGAGCAAGGGGAGGGAGAGAGCAGGAGGACGACAGGAGAUCGAGCGACAUGGCGGCGCCAGGUAAAGCGCCGGCGGUAA